AGCUUGUCCCUGAGAGAAGCAACCGCCGCGUCGGAUUCGACACCUUCUAGGCCGCUGUGGGCGGGGCUUACGGGGACUAGGCCGGCCCUCCCGGGCCCCGUGCGCUUCCAGGAUGUCGGCACAGGCCCAGAUGCGCGCGAUGUUGGACCAGCUCAUGGGCACCUCCCGGGACGGUUCAAUGUAUCUAUGCCUGCCUACUUCAUUCUGCAAGGGAGUGUCAGAAAGGCCCCGCAUUCGCCGAGCCGGGACACUACCCGUCAGCGAAUCAAAUUCAGUGAUGACAGAGUAUGCAAAAGUCAUCUUCUCAACUGCUGCCCUCAUGACGUCCUCUCUGGAACAAGGAUGGACCUUGGAGAAUGUCUGAAGGUGCAUGAUUUGGCAUUAAGAGCAGAUUAUGAAAUCGCAUCCAAAGAACAAGACUUUUUCUUUGAGCUUGAUGCAAUGGAUCAUCUGCAGUCAUUCAUAGCUGACUGUGAUAGAAGAACUGAAGUGGCAAAGAAAAGAUUGGCAGAAACCCAAGAAGAGAUCAGCGCUGAAGUUGCAGCCAAGGCUGAACGAGUCCAUGAACUGAAUGAAGAAAUUGGGAAGCUGCUUGCCAAAGUAGAGCAACUUGGGGCUGAUGGAAAUGUGGAAGAAUCACAGAAAGUAAUGGAUGAAGUGGAGAAAGCAAGGGCAAAGAAGAGGGAAGCAGAGGAAGUGUACAGAAAUUCAAUGCCUGCCUCUAGCUUCCAGCAGCAGAAGCUUCGUGUCUGUGAAGUGUGCUCAGCCUAUCUUGGUCUACAUGAUAAUGACAGGCGGCUUGCUGAUCACUUUGGAGGAAAACUGCACUUGGGUUUUAUUGAAAUAAGAGAGAAACUUGAGGAGCUUAGGAGGAUUGUGGCUGAUAAACAAGAGAAAAGAAAUCAGGAACGUCUCAAGAGGAGAGAAGAGAGGGAGAGGGAAGAAAAAGAGAAACUAAGGAGGUCCCGAUCCCAUAGCAAAAACCCCAAGAGAUCUAGAUCCCGUGAUCGCCGCAAACAUCGAUCUCGUUCCUCCUCACGUGACCGAAAGAGAAGAACUCGAUCAAGAUCCCGUGAGAAACGUCACCGCCACAGAUCUCGUUCCACCAGUCGCAGCAGAAGCCGCAGCCACCAGAGAAGCAGGCAUAGCUCCAGGGACAGGAGCAGGGAACGCAGCUCUAAAAAAAGAUCCUCAAAAGAAAGAUCAUCCAGAGAUAAAGAACGGUCACGAGACCGUAACAGAACAUCACGUGACAAAGACAGGACCUCCAGAGAGAAAUCGCCUAGAGACCGAGAUUGCAAAGACAGGAAGCGUUCCUAUGAAAGUGCUAAUGGCCGAUCAGAAGACAGAAGGAGCUCAGAGGAGCGUGAAGCAGGGGAAAUAUAACUGGCUGUACAUUCACUUGAUCCUUUAGCUUCCUAUGGAGUUGCAUACUGUGGUUUAGUUUACAGUUAUUCAAAGGGACACCAGUGAGCAGAUCCACACACUGAUCCAACUAGAGUAGAUGUACAGUGUAUAAAAAUGGUUAUAAUGAAGUCUGAAUAGACCCUUACGAUUGGUGACAGCUAAAGCAGUGUCCUUUCCCUCCCCUUCCUUACAACAAACUUGUAAAACAUUAUUUUCACAAAUUCUCUCUUCAAGACAACAUUUUUAUGUACCAUGAUGUAGAUCUCAAUGUUUUAUUCUCCUUUUUUCAAUACAAGUUAUAGUGAACAAA